UUGCCGCCGAAAGGGAAAACAACAACGUAGUGUCAGUUGUUUGGAGUCAGACAGCCGGGCCGGCCGCGUCCCCGUCCCCGUGAGUGCUACCCGGGUGCUUCUGCCGUUUGUAGGCCGCCCCGUCACAGCGACGCUCUUCGGCCGCAGUAUAUCAACCGACGCCAAGAUGCUGAUGGGGCCGAUUUCGAUGACGGCCGUCAACCUAUUGGAGCCGGCCGAGUUCACGCGCGUGUUCGGGAAUGUGGUGGAGCUGGCGCCGUCCAUCGGGUCGGUGCUCGCGCGGCGGCGCCCCCUGAAGGACGUCCAGCACCUCCUCACCGAGCUCAACACUAUCAUCGACGGCCUCAGCGACAGCGACAAGGUGGACAUCCUGAGGCGGCACCCGGACCUGGCCGGCGUCCUGGCGGAGAAGGGGCUGCUGACGACCGAGUCCACGGCGGAGCAGAAGAGCGCCGGGCUGGACCAGCUGACCGAGCAGCAGAAGUAUGACCUGCAGCGGAUGAACAAGUCAUACCGCGACAAGUUCGGCUUCCCGUUCGUCAUCUGCGCGCGGGAGAACAAGGCCGUCGCCAUCCUGGAGGGGCUGACCACCCGCAUGAUCAACACCCGCGAGCGCGAGCUGGACAUCGGCAUCGGCGAGGUCAAGAAGAUCGCCAGGCUGAGGGUGUGCGACCUGGUCAUGGCUUGAGGGCGACCGCGCAGGACCGCGACGAGGACAAAAGGACUGAAUCCAUCACUAUCGGCUGCGCCGGGCAGGACCCUCACCGUCAUACUCCCGCCAGCCUCAAGAGACUGCCCACGGGGUCGCUGGAGAAUGGGACACCCUGUCACUUACGUAUACGCAAGUAUGUAGAUUAAAUUGCUGGCAACACCUUUCUCCCUCUUCAGCCCCUCAGACUGUUUACAUUAAAAAUGACUUAAAAGUAUGGGAAAAAAAAUAUGUUUAAAGUAGGAAAAUUUUCUAUUUACGCGGCUGUUCUACCGUUACAUAUUGUUAUAUUUAUUGUUGUAAGCACUGUUAUAUCUAUUAAUAAAAUAUCUUCUUACAA